UUGGUUGAAUGGCCAUUAAAGCUGCAAUCAGCAGUAAAUGUGUUGUGAUGCCGCGCGCCCAACAAACACCGAGCGGACUGUCCGAGGCUGCGGGAGCGCACGGUGCCACCGGGUCACACGCUCCGUGAGAUGCUGCCGCCGCUCGGCCGCCGAGCCGCCGCUGCGCGCAGUCUGGCUGCGGAUCAAAGCAGGAGUGUGUGUGUGAGUGUGUGAGUGUGUCUCUGGGGAUGUGAGCAGUGAUGGACAGCUGCUGGGACGCUGAUUCAGGGCACAGGGUGACCACAUAUUGACCGCGCGGAUCGAGAGGCUGAACCAUGGAGCAGGGAGCGUUUGUGUGCCAGAGGAGGAGGAGGAGGAGGAGCGGCUGACUCUGCUCCUCCGCUCCGAUCACUGUGUGUGAGGAUCGUGAUGAUGCUGUUUGGACAAACGUGAGGCUGUGACACGUCCAGGCUGCGCUGUGUGCUCAGUGCAGGUGCACCAGGACCUGACGGGACCGAAUCAGAGCCUCCAGCAUGGGAUCCACCUCCUCAUCCUCCCCCCACCUCCACCUCCGCCUGUAGGAGCACAGCCAACAUGUCCGCACAUCUAACGGAUCCACAGUAAUUGAUGGUGUUGCGCUAUGAUCUCUGGGGACUGUCGGAGAUGUGUCACGGUUUUAUUUCUUCCAGAGCGCGCGCUGCCGUGCACGGUCUCCAUGGAUGUGGUUAAUUGGGCCCAAUGAUGUAGAGCCAGAUCCACCUGGAGCUAAUGUUCCCUCCUCUCGUGGCCAAGCUGGCUCCCCUGUGACUUCUGCGCAUGUUCAAUUGUUUUUAUUCCCUCGUGCUCACUGCUGUGGAUCAUCUCCUUAUUAAAUCUGUUAAAAUGAAUAUUUGCCUCUAACGGAAGUGAUUUAAAUGCGCGGGCUCGUGCUGAUUCUAACUAUGGAGGACACAACUUGUGACACACAUGUAAUGCGCCUCAUGUUUGGGACUAAAUAAGUUCCUGCUUUUAUACUUGACUGGAACAAACUGUGUGUGUGUGCGUGUGUGUGUGUGUGUGUGUGUGUGUGUGUGUGUGCGCAGAGGCACAUUUCUGUCACCAUGUCCAGAUCAAACAGUGUCAGCCCACCCGGAGUCGGUGCUCCCGGGCUGAGGGGAGGGACCGAGCACAGAUCAGCUUGGGGAGAGUCUGAGUCCGUGGCCAACGGGUGCCCAUACUCGGCCAGAUCCCCGCGCAAGAAGCUGACCCGGACCAACAGUCGGUGGAGGGAAGAGGAUGAUCCGGAGCACCGGCAGCCCGGCCGAGCCACCACCACCGUCAGCAGGGUCAGCUUCAGGUCCAGGUCAGCUUGGCAGGACCAUGGCGAGGACAGCCGAGACAAGAACCGCGCGUCCCCGAAACGUCCGGACGGCGAGGUGAGACCCAAGUCGGUGGAGCUGGGCCUGGAGGAGCGCAGAGCCAAGCCGAGGAGCGAGGAGGAGGAGGUCAUGCCCGAAGUGAACUUUUCUCUGGUGGCGUGCUGCACCAGCGUCAUGCACAUUUUCAAAUCCAAGAAGUUCCAGUCGGAGAAGUUGGAGCGGCUCUACCAGCGCUACUUCUUCCGCCUCAACCAGAGCAGCCUGACCAUGCUCAUGGCCGUGCUGGUCCUGGUCUUCACCGUCAUGCUGGGCUUCCACUGCUCCAGCGGGACAGCGACGCCCAACAUCACCUAUGUGGUGGUGUUUUCCUUAGCCAUCUUCCUCACACUCAUCCUCAUGGUGGUCUGCAACAGGAACAGCUUCCACCAGGACCACAUGUGGAUCGUGUGCUAUGUGGUCAUCCUGGUGGUGCUGCUGAUCCAGGUGAUCGGGGUGCUGUUCGUGCAGCCCAGAAGUGCCUCGGAGGGGAUCUGGUGGACCGUGUUCUUCAUCCAUGUCAUCUACACCCUGCUGCCCGUCAGGAUGCGCGCCGCCGUCAUCACUGGAGUUAUUCUGUCCGCCGUCCACGUGGCUGUGUCUUGGAUGUUAAACGGGGUGGACAGCUUCCUGUGGAAACAGAUAGUGUCCAACGUGCUGAUCUUCUCCUGCACCAACAUCGUGGGAGUCUGCACCCAUUACCCCGCUGAAGGCUCCCAGAGGCAGGCCUUCCAGGAGACCAGGGAAUGCAUCCAGGCUCGCCUCCACUCCCAGAGGGAAAACCAGCAGCAGGAACGUCUCCUGCUCUCAGUGCUUCCCCGCCAUGUUGCCAUGGAGAUGAAAGCCGACAUAAACGCCAAGCAGGAGGACAUGAUGUUUCACAAGAUCUACAUCCAGAAACACGACAAUGUCAGCAUCUUAUUCGCAGACAUCGAGGGUUUCACCAGCCUGGCCUCCCAGUGCACAGCGCAGGAGUUGGUGAUGACGCUGAAUGAACUCUUCGCCCGCUUCGACAAGCUGGCAGCGGAGAACCACUGUCUGCGGAUCAAGAUCCUGGGAGACUGCUACUACUGCGUGUCCGGGCUGCCGGAGGCGAGGGCCGACCACGCCCACUGCUGCGUGGAGAUGGGGAUGGACAUGAUCGAGGCCAUCUCGCUGGUCCGUGAGGUGACGGGUGUGAACGUGAACAUGAGAGUGGGCAUCCACAGCGGCAGGGUGCACUGUGGGGUGCUGGGACUCAGGAAGUGGCAGUUUGACGUCUGGUCCAAUGAUGUCACACUGGCCAAUCAGAUGGAGGCUGGGGGCCAAGCUGGGCGGAUCCACAUCACAAAGGCCACCCUGAAUUACCUGAACGGGGACUACGAUGUGGAGCACGGAGCGGGGGGAGAGAGAAACCCCUACCUGAAGAAGCACAACAUAGAAACCUACCUCAUUGUGGGCUGCAGUCAGAAGAGGAAAGAGGAGAAGGCCAUGAUCGCCAAAAUGAACCGACAGAGGACCAACUCUGUCACACACAACAGCGGCCACUGGACCGACCGACCCUUCUACAACCACCUGGGAGGAAACCAGGUGUCCAAGGAGAUGAAGAGGAUGGGAUUUGAAGACCCCAAAGACAAACAUUUCAUUUUCAGAAACACGCAGGAGAACCUAAACCCCGAGGACGAGGUGGACGAGUUCCUGGGCCGCGCCAUCGACGCACGCAGCAUCGACCGGCUGCGCUCCGAACACGUCAAGAAGUUCCUGCUCACCUUCAGAGAGCCUGACCUGGAGAAAAAGUACUCCAAACAGGUGGACUCCAGGUUCGGAGCGUACGUGGCCUGCGCCUCCCUCGUCUUUCUCUUCAUCUGCUUCAUCCAGAUCGUCAUCGUGCCGCCCUCCGGCCUGAUGAUCGGCUUCUUCAUCACCUGUCUCAUUAUCCUGACGGCUGUCAUGUUCGUCUCCACCGUGUACUGCUGUUUUGGGAUCUUCCCAGUCCCUCUGCAGACUCUGUCUAAGAGGAUAGUCCAGUCCAGACUCAACAGCACCCUGGUGGGCGUCUUCACCAUCAUCAUUGUCUUUCUCUCUGCUUUCGUCAACAUUUUCACCUGCAGCAGCCUGGACCUGCGGAGCUGCAUCAGGACGGAGCUCAACAUCAGUGUGGCCGCUGUGAACGCCUGCCACGCCCACCUCCUCAACUACAGCCUGGACACACAGCAGAGCUCCUGUGGAGACGACGGCCCCGUCUGCAGCUUACCUGAGUACUUCUCUUCGUGCGUGCUGCUCAGCCUGCUGGCGUGCUCCGUCUUCCUGCAGAUCAGCAGCAUCGGGAAACUCUUCCUCAUGCUCUUCAUCGAGCUGCUCUACCUCCUCAUCAUGGAGGUGCCCACAGUCACCCUAUUUGACAACCAGGACCUGCUGGUGAUGGCCAACGCCGUCAACUUUGUCCCGCACAUCAACGGAACAAGCUGUGUGGUGGACUCCAAAGUUCCUCUGAAGAUCGUGACCCCGGUGGUCAUCACUGUCUUCGUCCUCGCCCUGUACCUUCACGCCCAGCAGGUGGAGUCAACGGCCAGGCUCGACUUCCUGUGGAAGCUGCAGGCCACAGAGGAGAAGGAGGAGAUGGAGGAGCUGCAGGCCUACAACCGCCGCCUGCUCCACAACAUUCUGCCCAAAGACGUGGCCGCCCACUUCCUGCAGCGCGAACGGCGUAACGACGAGCUCUACUACCAGUCGUGUGAGUGCGUGGCGGUCAUGUUCGCCUCCAUCAGCAACUUCUCAGAGUUCUACGUGGAGCUGGAGGCCAACAACGAGGGAGUGGAGUGUCUGCGGCUGCUCAACGAGAUCAUCGCCGACUUUGAUGAGAUCAUCAGUGAGGAUCAGUUCCGUCAGCUGGAGAAGAUCAAGACCAUCGGCUCCACCUACAUGGCGGCGUCCGGCCUCAACGACUCCACGUACGACAAGGCCGGGCGCUCGCACAUUCGCGCCCUGGCCGACUACGCCAUGAGGAUGAUGGACCAAAUGAAAUACAUCAAUGAACACUCCUUCAACAACUUCAAGAUGAAGAUAGGUCUUAAUAUGGGCCCUGUGGUUGCCGGGGUGAUCGGGGCCAGGAAGCCUCAGUACGACAUCUGGGGAAACACGGUGAACGUGGCGAGCCGCAUGGACAGCACAGGAGUACCUGAGAGGAUCCAGGUGACUGCCGACCUGUACCAGGUACUGAGCUCCUAUAACUACACACUAGAAUACAGAGGUUUGGUCACAGUCAAAGGAAAAGGAGAGAUGAUGACGUACUUCCUCACCGGUGGACCGUCGAGCAGUUAACCCCCCCUCU